AUCAGUACAAACAUAGAUGAGGAGGGGGAUUUUGCUGAGGCAUGGAGUGGAAUUCAGAAGAAAGAAGGCAUAACAGUAGCUGAAAGAGGAGGAAGCAUCAGAAAAUGUGGCAUGCCUAUUCAUCACACAUUUACAGAGAGUGCUCUGUUUAGAAACCGCUUCACUUCACAUCAUUACUUCCCCUCUUGUAGCUGGCCUGUUAUCAGUUGAGUGGAGACACUUCCUGCUCUGAUUGCAACACUCUGAAGAAUUUUCAGAGGAAUGAACACAAGCAAGCAGAGCACAUUGGCUGAAAGUGCAAGACAGAUUAAGACGAGGGGGAGCAGGUAUUUGUGAGGAACUUUGCCUGCCCCUGGACUACUACAGGUUCCCACCUUUGCCAUGUCACUUGUUGAGACUAUCCGCCUCUGGAGUGAGGGUGUAUCUGCAGCAGAUCGCAAAGAUUGGGCAGGAGCCCUGGCAGCCUUCACUGAAGUUCAGAAUCCUUCUUCCAAAAUCUCCUUUAACAUGGGCUGCAUCCACCUGAUCAUGGGAAAUUUGGAUGAGGCACAGCAGGCCUUUACCAGAAGCAUUAACAAUGACAAGCACUUAGCAGUUGCCUACUUCCAGCGAGGAUUCGUGGCUCACCAAAUGGAAAAUUAUGAGUCAUCCAUUAAUGACUUGAAAGAGGCAUUUGCUCAGCUACGAGGGAACAACCUAAUAGACUACAAGAUCCUAGGCCUGCAGUUUAGGUUGUUUGCUUGCGACGUGUUAUACAACAUAGGACUUGCUCACGCCAAGCUGGAGGACUGGAAGAAGGCUGAAGAGCAUUUGACAAUGGCAAUGAAAUUGAAGAGUGAGCCCCGGCACAACAAAAUUGAUAGAGCCAUGGAAUCCAUCCUGAAGCAAAGAUUAUUUGAGCCCAUAGUGAUUCCUGAAGGGAAGUUCUUUCGGCCGAAUGAGAAGCAAGUGGCACAGCUGGAGAAGAAGGAUUAUUUAGGGAAGGCCAUGGUUGUGGCAUCGGUGGUUGACAAUGAUGAGUUUUCGGGCUUUGCUCCCCUUCAGCCUCAGACAUCAGACCCACCUCCCAGACCAAAAUCGCCAGAAACCCUCAGGGCCCUGCAGGGAGAACCUCACAGAGUCUUGUAUGAAUUUACACCAGAAACAGCAGAAGAACUUGGAGUCCUUCCUGGCAACAUUGUUUUUGUCUUGAAGAAGGCAAAAGACAACUGGGCCACUGUUGUCUUUAACGGGAAGAAAGGGAUUGUACCCUGCAACUAUCUAGAGCCAAUGGAAAUGCAGAACAAACCUUCCGUCCGGGAGGAAAAUAAUGCAGAAAUGGACAUCCCUGCCCCACCCAGCUUUGCUGCCCCAGAAUGCCCUGACAGGCUUCCCCCAGCUGAGAGAACAGCACCACAGUUUGUUGGCCUGGCCACCUCAACUCCGUAUGUUAUCAAGGUGCACUAUAAAUACACAGUAGCUCUGCAAGCAAGCCCUGAGCUGCCUUACAGCAGCCUCCUGGAGAAAGUGUGCCAGAAGCUGGAGCUCUCACCACAGCACACAAGACUGAGCUACCGGCCUACAGAUGGCAAGGAGCUGGUGCUACUCAGCAAGGAUAGCGUGAUGAAGACCCUGUGGAGUCAUGCCAAGGACAAUUGUUUGACAUUAUGGUGCAGCAGUGAGCAGGUAGGCAAAGAUGAUCGAAGCAUGGAAGAUGGCAAGAAGGCUCAUCAGAAGAUACUAAAACAGACAGAAGCAAAACAGGUUGUAGCACGGUACACUUAUGAAGCCAGCCAGCCAGAGGACUUGGAAUUCCAACAGGGGCAGACAAUACUUGUUCUGGCUAAAGUGAAUGAUGAAUGGUUGGAAGGAGAGUGCAAUGGAAAAGUUGGCAUUUUCCCCAAAGCUUUUGUUGAAGAAGACAGCAGUCAAGAUCCUCAGUCUCUUUCUGCAGCAUAACAAGAUCAAAACCCCACAAAGAACUGAGGGGAACCUGAUGUAGUCCCCCCCCCUCCAACUCAUUUCAUUACACUGAAGACAUUCUAUCCAUGUUCAAUGAAUCCUUUGGGAAUUAGUUUAUUUUACUUUUUGGAUGUUCUGAUCUGCUUAAAUCAAUACCCCUUGAAGUCCACAUUUUUUAACCUGUCUCCAAGCUUCAGCAUGAGUGAAUUCAGUUAUGUGAAAUAACUGAAAUUUCUAUGAUCAGUCAUGAUAGCAGCAGUAGUAGACAAGGUUGUACAUUUGUUUCUGGUACUAUGUGAGAUUAAGGGCUAGCAUUAUCAGGUCACAAUCAAGAGAACAUGCACGUAGCUUUAAGAUUCCCUAAGAUGAGUUGCCCUUUGCUUCUCCAGUCUGUUCUGCAUUCUCUUGCUGUAAAUAAGGGCAGAUGAUGGGUCAUCAUGAAGGAAAAGGGGCUAGGAGAAGUUCAGCCUUCUUAUCUCCCUCAGCAGAAGGGAAAGUUUAAGAAGUGUAUCUGUGGUCUCCAGGAUACAACCUGGGAAUCAUAGCUAAUAGACUUGAAAGACUAACUGGUUUGCGAGACCUCAGUUUCCAGCAGGUGACUGAUUAUCUAAGUAGUUCAGUUGCUUUGUAAUGUUUUAUGAGAACAAAAUAUACCUUUUGAAAUGCUGAUGAAAUUCUUGAAAGGCAAUAGAACUUUCAAUAAAUUUUAGUUUUUUGCGGUUUCCACAUAAAAGCUGCAGUUUUAUUUUAUUGUAAUGGAAAGAGGCACAUUAAACAAUUUUAUUGUCAUGGUUUUUUGACAUGCUUUUUUCCAUUACCACUCAGACUUACAUAAACCAUGAAAGGACUAGCAACUCCACCCCAGUUUCAAAGGUUUUAGGCAGCCAAACCCUCAAUAUUUAUAGUAUCCAAGUUCUGGAGAACUAUUUAGUAAUGUGUAUGCCCCUCUAGCAUUUUGUCAUCACCAGUUCUUCUUUCAUAUUCUGUUAACUAAAAUCAUGCAAGAGAUGAUCUUUGACUUGGCAUGGGAUGCAGCUUAGUCUACUUUGCUUUGUUCACACCUAUAUGGUUAAACCCCGGUGAGAAUUUGUAUGACUCCAUAAACCCCUUUCACUCCUGAGCACAGGAAGUUGUCAUAACUCCGUUUCCUCUUCUGAAAAGAAAAAAAAAUCAAUAGAGUU